AUGAUUCUAGCUUCGUACUGUCCUCAGGAUGGUUUAGGCUUUGAACAGGAAUCAUGUUCGGGUAAAAUUGAUACAACAAAAUUUAUAAAGCAACUGGAAUUGUCAGACAGUCCGAUGCACUUGAAUAGGGACUACAACUACCUAUUGAAUGUUGAUAGGUCGAUACAUUUAUCGAAAGAAGAUAUUAAACAAAAGGCACGAAAUAUUUUAAAGAGGCCGAGGCAAGACAAUAGACAGGAUCGGAAGAGGUUUAAGCAUAAUGAAGCAGAAAAUGAUAAGAGAAGGAUCCGAAUAGGUCAGGUAUUUCCGCACGAUCCGACCGCUUUAGUGAAAAGAGAAAACACUAUGAUUGUUCAAGUUCCACCAGGUAUGCAAAGAGCCAUGUUAAACAAGACGGGGUAUGACAGGAAGUCAAACACAUUUACAUGGACCGUAGAAUGGAUUUUGAUGGAUUCAUCUGGGCAUACUCAACUCACCACGUUUCUCAGUUAUCGACUAAAUGAAUCCUUGACUCUUGACAAGGCAGUGCCUUUAAACGUGUUAAAAUCCCAUGGAUUGAAUGAAAUUGACAAGUUACACUUUUACUUGAAAAAUGUGACCAAUACGCCGCCAAAAUCUGUCAUUGAGCUAGAUGGCAAGCAAUCGAUCAGCAAUGCAUUGAAGGACAAAAUAGUCCUAGAGUACCCAACAAUUUAUGUGACCUCAAAUAAAGAGGCAAUGGUUGACCGGGUAGUGGACCCAUGUCAAGCUUAUGAAAUGGAAUCAGUCGAACUGGAUAGUCUGGACUCUGAUCUGGAUUCAAGCUCAAGUCUGGAAAGCUCUUCAGAUGAAGAAAGCUCGGACGAUGAUAGUGAUAGUGAGAAUGAUUCUGAUAGUGGGCCCGAGGAAUCAACAACCAAACCCACUUCUAGCUCAAACAAAGUCUACUCUAGCAGUGGCUCUGAAAAAGUCGGAGACAUAGCUGGGUUGACGAAGGAUAAUUUGUAG